AUGUCGGUCUUAGAAGCUGUGCUACAAACUUUAAAAACCCUAAGGUUUGAUAACUCAACGGCACCUUCCAACGCUUCUGAUGCAGAAUAUGAGAACUUGGAAACAUCUGAAAAACUUCGAGUAUUUCACACUUUACCCACACUAGCCAAUAGUCUGGGUCCGGUGGAUACACGUGAAAAACUCAUACCUACAAUCUCAGAUGUUGUCUCCAAUGCUAUUGAUGCUGGCGACGAUGAAAUUCUCAUGGUUAUAGCUCAAAAGCUGGGUUCUUUUGGCGAUCUAGUUGGUGGUUCUGAACACAUAUCUUUAAUUGUGCCCAUCCUGGCAAAUAUCAUAUAUUCCAUCGAGGAAGUUGUUGUAUCUGAAGCUGCUUGUAAUUCUCUAAUAGCACUCCUUCCAAAGCUUCCAAAUGAUGUUGUGGAUAGCACGUUUACCCCAAUUAUCCGUCACAUUAUUGAAGAGGAUCUUUAUUGUGCUUCAAGAAAAGUGGUUACAAAACUCAUCAUUGCCUGUUAUCCAAUGGUCUCAGCACGAAAUCAAGUGGAUUUUAAGUACCGACUUUUCCAUUUGGCUGAUAGUGAAGAUGAAGUCCCUUUAGUUCGGGCUGCUGCUGUUCAACAACUUGUUCCACUUGCAAAACUUUUCGGUCCAGAUUUAAAAUCAGAACUAAGUCUGCUGCUUGCAAGCUUAGUUUCUGAUAAUCAACGUGUUGUUCGAGCAGCAUGUCUACCACCGUUAGUGGAAUUGGGACGGAUGAUUACGGAUGCAGCAGAGUUUGACUCAACUAUCAGACCAUGUAUUGACAAACUUGCUGGGGAUCCUAGCAGAGAUGUUAGGCGGGCGAUGGCAUCAGUUAUCACAAAUCUUCAAACUUUAGUUUGUAAUCAUGGCGGAGCCAAUCGAUCAUUGCAUCAGACUAUGUUAAAUCUUCUAGAAGAUAAUGAAGUAGAAACGCGUAGAAUCAGUGCUGGUCAACUGAAAGAUUUCUGCCUUGCAAGCCCCAAAGAUAUUCUUGUUACCAUUUUGCUACCGCGUUUACGUGAACAUUUAUCCAUGGAACGUGAAGAACGAGUACGUUCUGAAUUGGUUCGAUGUGCUGUUGGUUUGUUACCAUCUAUUCGUCGAGAAGAUUGUUUACCUUUAGUACAGCAUAUUUUAGCAUUUUUAAAUGAUACAAGUUCACAGUCCAAACAAUAUGUAUUCGAGCAUUUUUCUGAAUUAGUAGCUUUAAUGCCUGCUAACGAGAUUCAACUGACCUUAUUACCAAGUCUACUUCGUCUUUGGCAAGAUAAAAAUUGGCGUGUUCGUCUUGGUGUUGUUCAAUCAGUACCUUGUUUAUAUGAUAAGUUGCCGGAAAAUUGUUUACAGGAAACUGUUCUACCUGCAAAUCUUGCAUGGUUACGAGAUCCGGCGUGGUGCGUUCGUGAAUGUGCUUGUCGUAGUCUUGCUCGUUUAUUAGUAGCAUGUCCGGGAGCUUGCAAAAAAGCAUUCAGUGGAGUAGGAUCUAAAGCGACUACAAACUCUGGUUCAGGUAGUAUAACUUCUAAUCCAAACAGUGCUUCGUCUAAUGUAACUAAUCCAACUAGUGGAACAAAUGCAUCAAAUACUUCCACUGGUAAUCUUCCUAGUUCAACAAAUGCUCAAGUGUUAGAUCAAGCAAAUACUUCCAGUCUUUCAACUACAUCAAAUACUUCUGCUGUUAAUCCAGCCAAUGCUUUAACUACACAAGCUGCUGCAGGUGGCCUUAAAGCUCUUGCCGUAGAUACAAAUUAUCAUCUUCGUCAAAUAUACAUUAACGUAGUACAAGCUGUUUGGGGCCCUGGUAUCUUGGAUGAACCUCCUUACAGUGCCCUAGGUGAUGAUCCUAGCGCAGGAAUUCUUUUUCCUGCUUCCCGUAACAUCUAUGCUUAUUUGUCAUCAAAAACAUCGAAGAACCUCACAAAUUCAGAUAAUUUGAAUGUUACAACAGUUCCUAAAGGUUGCCAAGCACCACCACAAAUACCAAAUGUUUAUUUGACCGGGUGUGUAGCUCAGUUAUUACGUUUCCUGUCGGAGGAUGUAGUGCCAAAUGUACGGAUUUGUGCAACACAAGCCCUCCACGUAAUCUCCGGUUCUCUGGAUAAAAAGACUAUUCAAAAUGAUGUGAUACCGGUUUUAAAAAAAGUCAUAGAUUAUGAUUUUGAUCAGGAUGUUCGAUUUUUUGCACAACAAAGCUUGAACUAUUUUACAACUACCUAA